UCCCGUGCGCGUACCGUAGACAAAUCUCAAUGUCAAGAGCGAACAUUAACGGAGAUUUUCUUCUUCACAUCCACAAUUUAAUUAGCAUUCUGUGUGUGUUUGGUAAGAUGACUUGAUGAUGAUGAUAAUUAAAAUGACUGACAAUUAAUAAAAGCUAUUAUUUUAGAAAAGGUUUGUUUAAAUAACUGUAAAUCAUCCAUCCGUCUCUGGAUGCUAGCGAAGAAAUUAGCCAACUUCCGGGUUUCCUGUCAUUCAAGCCGGUAGACGUCACCAUGUGGGCGGAGCUCUUGUCUCCUGUCAACAUAUUUCACGACAUAAUUCACGGAGGAUGUCCAGCAUUUAACAUGCAAAACAGUCGGAUUUUACACGAGGAGAUUUUUAAAAGGUUUUAAAAGCCUGCUUGUGAGGUGGGUAUAGUAGUUUUAUCGAACAAUGGAGGGACAACAACACCAUUGCGGACAUGACUUGGCUCUUCGUGAAUGACACAUUAGAUCUCCGGUUGCAUGCCGUCCUCCUCCUGUGAUCAACAGGGAAGACGAAGGUUUUAUAUUCUAUAACGUCUUAAUUUCUAUUUAACAAGCAUAUAAAUUGAUGACAGUAUGAGGAGCCGCAGUAAUUCAGGAGUGAGAUUGGAUGGAUUUGCCAGACUUGUCCAUGAAACAAUAUUAUGCCAUCAGAAUCCAGUGACGGGUCUCCUGCCAGCGAGUGAGCAGCUCAAGGAUGCCUGGGUCAGGGACAAUGUUUACAGCAUCCUGGCCGUGUGGGGUCUCGGCAUGGCAUACCGGAAGAACGCAGAUCGUGAUGAAGACAAAGCCAAAGCCUACGAGCUUGAACAGAGUGUGGUCAAACUCAUGCAGGGACUGCUGCAGUGUAUGAUGAGACAGGUGGCAAAAGUGGAGAAGUUCAAGCACACGCAGAGCACAAAGGAUUGUCUACAUGCCAAAUAUGAUACAGCCACCUGCGCCACGGUGGUUGGAGAUGAACAAUGGGGGCAUUUGCAGGUAGAUGCGACCUCACUGUACCUGCUCAUGCUGGCUCAGAUGACAGCUUCAGGUCUACGCAUCAUAUCUAACUUGGAUGAGGUGGCAUUUAUCCAAAACUUGGUGUUUUACAUCGAGGCGGCAUAUAAAGUGGCUGAUUAUGGAAUGUGGGAGAGAGGGGAUAAGACCAAUCAGGGAAUUCCUGAGCUGAAUGGAAGCUCUGUUGGAAUGGCUAAGGCGGCAUUAGAAGCCAUUGAUGAGCUUGAUCUGUUUGGAGCUUACGGAGGCCCAAAAUCAGUGAUUCAUGUUCUGCCAGAUGAAGUCGAACAUUGUCAGUCUAUUUUGUGCUCCAUGCUUCCUCGCGCCUCCACCUCUAAAGAGAUUGAUGCCGGUCUGCUGUCCGUGAUCUCCUUUCCUGCGUUUGCAGUGGAGGAUGUUGAUCUGGUGAACAUCACCAAAAGUGAUAUCAUCAACAAGCUGCAGGGACGCUAUGGUUGUUGUCGGUUUAUCCGUGAUGGAUACAGGACUCCAAAAGAGGACCCCACUCGACUUCAUUACGAUCCAGCAGAACUGAAACUCUUUGAAAAUAUUGAAUGUGAAUGGCCAGUGUUUUGGACCUACCUAAUAUUGGAUGGGAUUUUCAAUGAGGAACAUGAGCAGGUGCAGGAAUACAGAGAAGCCCUUGAUGGAGUUUUGAUCAGGGGGAAUCAUGGGAUUCGACUAGUGCCUGAACUCUAUGCUGUACCUGCUGACAAGAUUGAGGAGGAGUACAGGAACCCUCACUCCGUGGAGCGUGUGGCUGCUGGCCAGCUACCACACAUGUGGGGCCAGUCGCUGUAUAUCGUGGGCAGAUUGCUGGCUGAGGGAUUUUUGGCGCCGGGAGAAAUUGAUCCUCUCAACAGGAGAUUUUCCAAAGGGUUCAAGCCAGAUGUUGUUGUGCAAGUGAGUGUAGUGGCUGAAUCAGUGGAGAUCCAACUACUGCUGAGGGAUCAUGGGAUAGACGUUCAGACAGUGUCUGAGGUUUCACCCAUCCGAGUCAUGCCAGCUCGCAUCCUGAGCCACAUUUAUGUAAAAUUGGGUAACUGUAAGAAACUGAAUCUGAGUGGACGGCCGUAUCGUCACAUUGGCGUCUUGGGAACGUCAAAGUUCUAUGAGAUCAGAGAUCGUACCUAUACAUUCACCCCACAAUUCAUUGACCAGCAUCACUUCUACUUGGCCCUGGAUAACCAGAUGAUUGUGGAGAUGUUGCGAACAGAGCUUGCCUACCUCUCUUCCUGUUGGCGUAUGACAGGAAGACCUACCCUCACAUUCCCUAUCACAAAGAGCAUGCUGGUUGACGAUGGUGACAGUUUUGAUCCUUGUAUUCUGUCUACACUGCGCAAACUUCAAGAUGGAUACUUUGGUGGUGCAAGGGUACAGAUGGCAAACCUCUCCUCAUUCCUCACCACAUCCUUCCACACUCAGCUCAGCUUCUUGGAUGUCGAUUCUGAAGACAACCUGCUGGAUGAGGAUGAGGAAGAAGAUGAAGAUGAAGACAGUUUUAGGCCCUCAGGAGGUUCUGGAGACAUGUUUGAACAGUACCUCACAGAUCUGCUGCACAGCACUGCCACAAAAUGCCAUUUACCUCCCAUCCAGGGGGGGCAGCACCACGUUUUCAGCGCUGAACACACUACCAGGGACAUUCUGUCUUUUAUGGCCCAGGUUCAGGGAAAAAACAUGCCCAAAUCUUCCAUGUAUUUACCUAUAGCCCCCAUAAUGAGCAAACACAGAAAGUCUCUGAAUCUGCUUGAAGUACCACAACGCCUUGCUUCUCACUUUACCAAGGCUGAUAGCGUGGACCUGCACUUGCCACAUGAUGCUCAUGGGAACACAGACUUUGCAUAUCUGGCUGACCAACUUCAGCACUGUCCAACCCUUCAGGAUCAGGCAGAUAUCCUCUAUGUCCUCUAUGCUAUAAAGGGUCCAGACUGGGUGGUAAAUAUAUCAGGUCAGGGUGAGGUUACCGUUCACUCACUGCUGGAGGAGCUUUAUGUUCGGGCAGGGACGUGUAAGGAAUGGGGUCUCAUCCGCUACAUCUCAGGCAUCAUGAAGAAAAGGGUGGAGGUCCUUGCUGAAGCCUGCACAGAUCUGAUCUCCCAUCAUAAACAACUGACUGUGGGUCUUCCUCCUGAACCCAGGGAGAAGGUCAUCUCAGUUCCACUUCCCCCUGAAGAACUGAUAAACUUGAUCUACGAGGCCAGUGGACAAGAUAUCAGCAUUGCAGUCCUUACACAGGAGAUUAUGGUGUACUUGGCCAUGUAUGUCCGGUCACAGCCGUCUCUUUUCGGAGACAUGCUUCGUCUGCGUAUCGGGCUUAUCAUGCAGGUGAUGGCCACAGAACUCGCUCGCAGUUUACAUUGUUCAGGCGAGGAGGCAUCAGAGAGCCUAAUGAGCCUCAGUCCAUUCGACAUGAAAAAUCUAUUACAUCACAUCCUGAGCGGGAAAGAAUUUGGUGUUGAAAGAAGCGUGCGUCCGAUUCAGUCCACAGCCGUAAGUCCUGCUAUAUCCAUCCAUGAGCUCGGACACACAGGUGCCACCAAGACCGAGCGCACAGGCAUCAGAAAACUGAAGACUGAAAUUAAACAGAUCUUUACCAGCAGUCAUUCCAUCAACAGUAAUUUCACGUCCCCUCGUUCAACGCGAUGCAGCAGUCCCUCUACUCCCAGUGGGAUCCUGUCCCCGACCGGUACAGGUGAUUCACAUCUUCAGUGGGAAGAACGUCAGGGUCAAUGGCUGAGACGACGUAGGCUGGAUGGAGCCAUAAAUAGGGUGCCCAUGGGCUUCUACCAGAAGGUCUGGAAGAUUCUGCAGAAAUGUCAUGGCCUCUCCAUUGCUGGCUAUGUUUUGCCUUCUUCCACUACGAGUGAGAUGACAGAGGGAGAAAUAAAGUUUGCAGUACACGUGGAGUCGGUCCUCAAUCACGUCCCACAACCAGAGUACAGACAGCUGCUGGUUGAAACCAUUAUGGUGCUCACCCUUGUGGCUGACAUGGAGAUUUCAAGUAUUGGUGGAAUUAUUCACAUCGAUCGUAUUGUCCACAUGGCUAAUGAUCUCUUUCAGCAGGAUCAGAGAUCACAAGGGGCGAAUGAGUAUUUCUUGGAGAAAGAUGCCGCCACAGGAAUCUGCAACUUCUUUUAUGACAGUGCCCCUAGUGGCAGCUAUGGUACUAUGACUUAUCUUUCAAAGGCUGUGGUCACAUAUGUGCAAGACUUCCUGCCAAACAGCAGCUGUCUGAUGCAGUAAUGGCUGUAAUUCCUAUAGUCUUUCACCUUAAGGACUGAUCUGGGACCAGUUUAAUAAAACCUAACAGAGAAAAAAAAAUUUACAAAAAAAAUCAGUUGAUCUCAGAUCUCAAGCAUGACCGGAAAAGUCAGUAAACAUUAGCUGUGCAUUUUUUGGUAGUCAAGAAAUUGUGAAAUGCAGAUAAUAGCCUAUCUAGAGUAUUAGAUCAAUUAAUUUAUAUUUAGAAGUUCUAUUAUAUCUUUAAAUUAUUUUUAAUAAGUUAACUUAUUGACUUACUAUUUUUAGUCAUUUUAAUCAUAAUUAUUUUAUGCUCAUUGAAGUGUGUUUUAUUUAAAUGUGUGCUUGGGACACUAUGUUUGCUUCUAUGUACUUGUUUGCGCUCUCUUUUGUUGAGUAGUUACAAAACAGUUAUAUUACAUUAUGUUAUACUACUGUAAGUAUUAUGUUUUCCCUAAUAUUUAUCAUGUACCCUGAUGUUGCAUUCUUAAAAUACU